AUGAGUACCAAGAAGUUCUCUGGUCUCAGAGACAACUUUAGCCUUUUGGGUGAAAAAAACAAGAUUCUAGUAGCUAACAGAGGUGAGAUUCCAAUUAGAAUCUUUAGAUCCGCCCAUGAACUGUCUAUGCGCUCUGUCGCAGUCUACUCUCAUGAAGAUCGUUUAUCAAUGCAUAGAUUGAAAGCUGAUGAAGCUUACGUCAUUGGUGAAGAAGGUAAAUAUACUCCAGUCGGUGCUUAUUUAGCAAUUGACGAAAUCAUAGCCAUUGCUAAAAAGCACAAUGUCGAUUUUAUUCAUCCUGGUUAUGGGUUUCUUUCAGAAAAUUCUGAAUUCGCUAAAAAGGUCGAAGCAAACGGUAUCACAUGGAUUGGACCCCCAGCUGAAGUGAUCGACUCUGUUGGUGAUAAAGUUAGCGCCAGAAACUUAGCGGCUAAGGCUCACGUUGCUACCGUUCCAGGUACACCAGGUCCUAUUGAAUCUGUUGACGAAGCUAUCGAAUUUACAAAGAAAUAUGGGUUCCCAGUUAUCAUAAAAGCUGCCUUCGGUGGUGGUGGUAGAGGUAUGAGAGUGGUUCGUGAAGGAGAUGAUGUUGCGGACGCAUUCCAACGUGCCUCUUCCGAAGCUCGUUCUUCCUUUGGUAACGGUACAUGCUUUAUGGAAAGAUUUUUGGUUAAACCUAAGCAUAUCGAAGUGCAACUCUUGGCUGAUAACUAUGGUAAUGUGGUUCAUCUUUUUGAAAGAGACUGUUCUGUGCAAAGAAGACAUCAAAAAGUGGUAGAGUUGGCUCCUGCCAAGGCUUUACCUGUAGAAACUAGAAAUGCUAUUCUAACUGAUGCUGUGAAAUUGGCAAAGACUGCAGGAUACAGAAACGCUGGUACCGCUGAAUUUUUAGUCGAUAACGAAAACAGACACUACUUUAUUGAAAUUAACCCCAGAAUUCAAGUCGAACAUACUAUCACCGAAGAAAUUACGGGUAUCGAUAUUGUCGCGGCUCAAAUUCAAAUUGCAGCUGGUGCAUCCUUGGACCAAUUGGGUCUGCUGCAAGACAGAAUUACUACCCGUGGAUUUGCCAUUCAAUGUCGUAUCACUACAGAAGAUCCAUCUAAAAACUUCCAGCCGGACACUGGUAGAAUUGAAGUGUACCGUUCCUCUGGUGGUAACGGUGUUAGAUUGGAUGGUGGUAACACUUAUGCAGGUGCGGUCAUUUCCCCUCAUUACGAUUCCAUGUUGGUCAAGUGUUCCUGUUCCGGUUCUACCUAUGAAAUUGUUCGUCGUAAGAUGAUCCGUGCUUUAGUGGAAUUCAGAAUUAGAGGUGUCAAGACCAAUAUCCCAUUUCUGCUGACUCUAUUGACUCACCCAACCUUUGUCCAAGGUCAAUUCUGGACUACUUUCAUCGAUGAUACUCCACAACUAUUCCAAAUGAUUUCUUCUCAAAACAGAGCGCAAAAACUACUGCACUAUUUGGCAGAUUUGGCAGUCAAUGGCUCUUCUAUCAAGGGCCAAGUCGGUUUGCCUAAACUAAAGACACAUCCAACUGUCCCUCGUCUGCACGGUUCCAAUGGUGAAGUUAUCGAUGUGCUAGCCACACCACCACCAAGUGGAUGGAGGCAGGUACUCCUAGAGCAUGGACCUGAAGAAUUCGCUAAACGUGUGAGACAAUUCAACGGUUGUUUGAUCAUGGAUACCACUUGGAGAGAUGCUCACCAAUCUUUAUUGGCCACUAGGGUUAGAACUUACGACCUAGCGGCCAUUGCACCUACCACAGCCCACGCACUAUCUGGUGCUUUCUCUCUAGAAUGUUGGGGUGGUGCUACUUUUGAUGUUGCUAUGAGAUUUUUGCAUGAAGAUCCAUGGGAACGUUUGCGUAUUUUGAGAAGAUUGGUUCCAAAUGUUCCAUUCCAAAUGCUGCUGCGUGGUGCUAAUGGUGUGGCUUACUCCUCAUUGCCAGACAAUGCCAUUGACCAUUUCGUUAAACAAGCUAAGGAAAACGGUGUUGACAUUUUCAGAGUUUUCGAUGCUUUGAACGAUUUGGACCAAUUGAAGGUUGGUGUUGAUGCUGUUAAGAAAGCUGGUGGUGUCGUUGAAGCUACCGUUUGUUACUCCGGUGACAUGUUACAACCAGGCAAGAAGUACAACUUAGACUACUAUUUGGAAGUCACUGAACAGAUUGUAAAGAUGGGUACUCACUUCUUGGGUAUCAAAGAUAUGGCAGGUACCAUGAAACCCGCUGCAGCCAAGUUGCUUGUUGGAUCCAUUAGAGCUAAGUACCCUAACUUACCUAUCCACAUUCACACUCACGAUUCUGCUGGUACUGGUGUUGCCUCUAUGGCUGCUUGUGCUGUCUCAGGUGCUGAUGUGGUCGAUGUUGCCGUCAAUUCCAUGUCUGGUUUGACUUCUCAACCAUGCAUGAACGCUCUAUUAGCGUCACUUGACGGGGAGAUCAACACUGGUAUUAAUGCCAACUACGCUCGUGAGCUAGAUGCUUACUGGGCUGAAAUGAGAUUAUUGUACUCAUGCUUUGACACAGACUUGAAGGGACCUGACCCAGAAGUGUAUGAACACGAAAUUCCUGGUGGCCAAUUAACCAACUUAUUAUUCCAAGCUCAACAAUUGGGUCUAGGUGAGAAAUGGAUUGAAACCAAGAAAGCCUACAAGGAAGCUAAUUACUUGCUUGGCGAUUUGGUCAAAGUGACUCCAACUUCCAAGGUUGUUGGUGACUUGGCUCAAUUUAUGGUUUCCAACAAGUUGACCUCUGAUGACGUCAGACGUUUAGCUAACUCUCUAGAUUUCCCAGAUUCCGUCAUGGACUUCUUUGAAGGUUUGAUCGGUCAACCAUAUGGUGGAUUCCCUGAACCAUUGAGAUCCGAUGUGCUAAGAAACAAGAGAAGAAAAUUGACCAACCGUCCAGGUUUGGAUCUUGCACCAUUCGAUUUGGAGGCUGUCAGAGAAGACCUACAAGACAGAUUCGGUGACACUGACGAAUGCGAUGUCGCUUCUUACAACAUGUACCCUAAGGUGUAUGAAGAUUUCCAAAAGAUCAAGGAGCAAUUUGGUGACUUAUCCGUAUUGCCAACCAAAAACUUCUUGUCGCCACCAGGAAUCGGUGAAGAGAUUGAGGUCACCAUUGAACAAGGUAAGACUUUGAUCAUCAAACACCAAGCAGUUGGUGAUCUAAACAAGGAAACUGGUAUGAGGGAAGUUUACUUCGAAUUGAACGGUGAAUUGAGAAAGAUUCCUGUGGUAGACAGAUCUCAAAAGGUGGAAAUCGUUUCCAAGCCAAAGGCAGAUGGUCACGAUCCUUACCAGGUCGGUGCCCCAAUGGCAGGUGUCAUUGUGGAAAUUAAAGUGCAUAAGGGUUCUUUGAUCAAGAAGGGACAACCAGUGGCAGUCUUGAGUGCCAUGAAAAUGGAAAUGGUCAUCUCCGCUCAAACUGAUGGUCAAGUCAAAGAAGUACUAGCUAAUGGUGGUGACAAUGUGGACGCUUCCGACUUGCUUGUAACUUUGGAAGACGCCGUCCCACCAAAGGAGAAUUGA